GUACAGCUGGCAAAUUUAAAAAAUAGUAAUAAAGGAAAAGAGAAAUGGCGCCCUCCACUUUCACCCAGACCUGGCAGGAAGAAUGAUACCUGAUAACACUACCCUGAGUUUGAGCACAGGGAACAUAUCUUUUGACCAGCUCCCCCCAUAAUCUUUUGGUAGAAAACUUACUAAUACUUGUGUGUUUAUCCAAAACAAUAGAAAUUAACAAAAAAAAUUAGCACUGUUUAUUUGUCUUGGGGAAGGGGGAGAUUGGGGUUGUUUUUAUUUUCAUUUAAAUAUUCUACUUUAUGCAAAAUAGAGACAUUUCUUUUGUAUUAAAAAGGCAUAUUUGUUUUUCUUAAAAAGCAAAACAAAACAAAAACAGGGUAGAUGACAAGUGGGACCAAGAGCAGUAGAGAGACAAGUGGGAAGUCCUGGGGUAUUGGCCCAGAGUGGAGAAGUGGGAACCUGGCCCCAAAACAUUUCCUCUUUCACAUCUUCUUAGCCCCUUGACUGGAGGGUGCUGACCCCAUAGGGUGGGUAAGGGCAGGACAAGACAGUCCUCUGCCCAACUGGCCAGCCUGCAAGACACUGCAAACCAAGAGGAGGGGGAAUCUCUGUCAUACUCUCUAGGACUGUAGAAGUCAAACAGUCUGAUAACUGUUGAGAAGUGGCAGGGGUGGGGCGGGAUGAGAGGCGCGCCUUGGCUCGCUAAGCCCCCUUGAGAACUGUGUCCCUUCACAGAAGCCCCUCCUCGGGAAGCCCCGCGCCCCACCCACCUGGAGUCCGCCUCUGUACCAGCGGGGCUCGCUGGGGUCCUGGGAACCCUUAGUUGGGCUGAGAUCGUAAGGGACACAUGGGUACCGACUCAGGAAAAUAUGCCCCUGCCAUCGGUAGCCAGCCGGCGCAGUGCUCCAUUAACACUGACAGAGGAUGAGAUGGUUGGAUGGCAUCACUGACUCAGUGGACAUGAGUUUGAGGAAACUCUGAGAGAUGGUGAAGGACAGGGAAGCCUGGCGUGCUACAAUCCACGGGGUCGCAAAGAGUUGGACACGACUUAGCGACUGAACAGUAACAGUCCUGAGUAGCUCCACUUCUGGCCGGCUAGGCGGUGACGACCUGCAGGCGUGGCCUCUCAAGGACUGAAAAGCUGCUAGUCCCAGCAUCUACUCAAGCAGAGCCUCUCAGAGCUCUAGAGGGGAGCUCCCCGGCCUCCCACUAGCCCACCCUCCUGCUGGAGUUUCGCGCUUGCUACUGGGUCUAACCGGCAAGGGGUUUCUCUCGAAUGUCUGUUCAGAACCAGCACCACCCCGUCCUCUCACCCACAGGGCCCUGGCGCCCCUUGAAAGCCCCUAUGGGACAAGGCACUCGCAGGGGUCAGCGUCGGUACCCUCGCUCCAGCCUCCAACGGAAACAGCCCAAUAGGCCACCACCACCACCACCUGACCCGAGCAGCCGCGGGUGACAACCGCACCGCGCCCGUGCUCCUGAGCCAGGAUCCGCCUCGGCUUCUGCCAGCAACGGAAAGCCCACCCACCCUCUGCACUAACCUGGCCGCCUGGGCCCGGCCUGGAUUCCCACGCCCGCAGGCUUCCACUGGACUCGCGCUGCUUCCGGGUGUGCGCGGAGCGCAGGGGCGGCACCCCAGUCCGAGCCGCCCCGUCCGUCCCGGCGUCCCGCCCCCCGGGUUCCCCGCGGUUCCUUCCCGCCACCGUCCUCUGCGGCCAGUCCCCAGCCUCUUGGCAAAGCCCACCCGAUCCGCUGCGCAGGGGGGCCCCCACCUGGCCAUGGCCGAGCCUGGAGAACAGCUGCCGGAGGAGGUGCUGGUGCUCAUCUUCCGCCACCUGCCCCUGCCUGACCGCGCUGCUGCAGCGAGGGUCUGCAGAGCUUGGGCUGCCGCUGCCACCUGCAGCGCUGUGUGGCACGACACGAGCAUCAGUUGCGAUUGUGAGCUGGAAGGCAUGCUGGCGCCGUAUCUGUCCGCCUGCCUUGACCACGUUCAGAAUCUAUGGCUGGAAUUUGAGCCGUCGAGAAAGUCGAGUCGCCGGGCGGCCACAGACUUACUGGCUGCACUGGCGGGCCGUACCCCCGGGCUGCGAGGCCUGUGCCUGGAAUGCCGCGGAGAAAAGCCGCUCUUCGACGCCGGCCGCGACGUCCUGGACGCGGUGCACGCCCUCUGUGGGGCGGCCCGCGCGCUGCGCCACCUCGACCUGCGGCGCCUGCCCUUCUCACUGGACGACGCGCUGGUGCUGCAGGUGGCACACGGUUGUCCGGAGCUCCGCAGCCUUUUUCUGGAUAACAGAACGCUGGUGGGCAGCGUAGGGCCGGGGUCCGUGCUCGAGCUACUAGAGGCCUGUCCCUGCCUGCGCGCCCUUGGCCUGCACCUGGCCAGCCUGUCGCACACCGCGCUCGAGGCACUGGCGGCGCCAGAGCGCGCGCCUUUCGAGCUCCUCGCCCUGCGGUGCGCGUGUCCGGAAGACGCACGCGCGCCCCCCCUGCCUGAUGAAGCCUGGGCCGCGUUGAGCCGCCGCCACCCGGGACUGGAGGUAGAGCUGGAGCUAGAGCCGGUGCUGCCUGCAGAGAGCGUGACGCGCGUCCUGCAGCCGGCCGUACCGGUGGCUGCGCUGCGCCUCAGCCUCUCUGGGGACACCGUAGGCCCAGUGCGCUUCGCGGCGCGCCACUACGCCGCAACAUUGCGCGCGCUUGAGGUGCGCGCCGCCGCCUCGGCCGAGCUGGACGCCGCACUGGAGGAGCUGGCAGCUCGCUGCGCGGGCCUGCGCGAGGUGCACUGCUUCUGCGUGGUGCGACCUUCCGUGCUGCACGCCUUCCGCGCGCGCUGCCCGCGCCUGCGCAGCUACACGCUCAAGCUAACGCGGGAGCCCCAUCCCUGGCGGCCCACGCUUGUGGCGUGAUGGGACAAACGCUCUUUCCGAUCCCUGCGGAUGUGUGUCCUCUGAAAUGCUGCGUGGGUUUGCCCAGGGGCGGGCCAGCUGCUCGCCCUCUCCUCUGUUACUCUUGCCUCUUGUCCUUCUCGAGGAUUGGAGCCUAUGAAGUGGCGUUGGUACCGGUCCAGGGCACCCUGAGCCCACUCGUUGCUUUCAACAUCUGCAGACACUCACUGUCCCUGCAGUACACAGAUCACCCUCCAAUCCCAGUCCUCUGCAAACGUGUCGCUAGCUCGGCGGCCCUGGCGUGGGGGGAGGGAGGGCACUGGCUCAAGUGUGCCUCAGGGGGUGUGUGUAUUAGUGCCUUCGGAGUGUGAAAUAAACAAAUCAAGCAUUAUCUCUG